UUUUUCUUGUCUUGCCCUAAAAUAAUGAAUUUUAUUUCACGUAUGAAAAAUGUAGAAGAAACUAUUUUGUGAUAGAAAGGAAGACAGUGCAUACAUAUUUAAUAGGACAUCUGUGUCAAUUUUCUCUUGCACUUGGCUUGCUUCACUUAUUUGUGUUAUCCUGUUUUGAUAUUGUGAACAUUUCAAACUGCAGCUGCCUCUUGGCUCUCUUAAGUUCUGCUCUUUUUCAUUUCUAGUCGAUCUUCUCUUUUGCAUUGCACUAGUUUACCCUCGAUAAUUGAGUGUGUUUCUAUGGGAGAACUAUUGAGGACUUCUCAAACAACAGAAAAGUCCACGUUUACUCAAGCCUGUUUGUUCCAUCCCCUACAGCCCACACCUUCUAGAAAAAUUGCUGGGUUAGUGAUAUGCUUUCCUAAACAGCAGGAAACUUGAAGAUGUCUAAACACUUAGUGGCCUUGACAGUGACCACCCUUCUUGGUGUGGCUGUCGGGGGAUUUGUCCUAUGGAAGGGCUUUAAGCGCCGGAGGAGUAAAUCGAGCCCGGUGACCCGGCAGCGCCUGUUGCAGCAGCAGCAGCAGCAGCAGCAGCAGCAAGUGCCAGGCGGGAGAGAGCUGCCCGCCCCAGGAGAGGACCAGCUGCACUCCAUUGCCCCCAGAGCCUCAUGGGAAGAGAGGAUCCUCGGAGCGAAGGUGAUGACUGUGUCUCAGGAGGCGGAGUGGGAUCAAAUUGAGCCCUCGCUUAGGAGUGAGCUAGAAGAUUUUCCAGUGCUUGGAAUCGACUGUGAGUGGGUGAACUCGGAAGGCAAAGCCAGUCCUCUGUCACUCCUUCAGAUGGCCUCUCCAAGUGGCUUCUGUGUCUUGGUUCGCUUGCCCAAGCUGAUCUGUGGAGGAAAAACACUACCAAAAACAUUAUUGGACAUUUUGGCAGACGGCACAAUUUUAAAAGUCGGAGUAGGAUGUUCAGAAGAUGCCAGCAAGCUUCUGCAGGAUUAUGGCCUCGUCGUUAAGGGGUGCCUGGACCUCCGAUACCUAGCCAUGAGGCAGAGAAACAAUUUGCUCUCUAAUGGGCUUAGCCUGAAAUCACUCUCUGAGACUGUUUUGAACUUUCCUCUUGACAAGUCCCUUCUGCUUCGCUGCAGCAACUGGGAUGCUGAGAAUCUUACUGAGGACCAGGUAAUUUAUGCUGCCAGGGAUGCCCAGAUUUCAGUGGCUCUCUUUCUCCAUCUUCUUGGAUACCCUUUCUCUAGGAAUUCGACUCUAGAAGAAAAUGAUGACCACAUUGUCUGGAGAAAAAUCUUAGAGAAAUGUCAGGAUGUGGUAGAUAUCCCAUUCCGAAGCAAAGGGCUUAGCCGAUCAGGAGAAGAGGUUAAUGGGGAAGCAACAGAAUCUCAGCAGAAAAUAAGAAAUAAGAAGUCGAAAGCUGAUGGAACAAUGCCAGGCAACCACCAAGGGAGAGACCCCAGAAAACAUAAAAGAAAGCCCCUGGGAGUGGGCUAUUCUGCCAGAAAAUCACCUCUCUACGAUAACUGCUUUCUCCACGCUCCUGAUGGACAGCCCCUCUGCACUUGUGAUCGAAGAAAAGCUCAGUGGUACCUGGACAAAGGCAUCGGAGAGCUGGUGAGUGAAGAGCCUUUUGUGGUCAAGCUGCAGUUUGAACCUGCGGGCAGACCCGAAUCCCCGGGAGACUACUACUUGAUGGUUAAAGAGAACCUGUGUGUAGUGUGUGGCAAGAAAGACUCGUACAUUCGGAAGAACGUGAUCCCACACGAGUACCGGAAGCACUUCCCCAUCGAGAUGAAGGACCACAACUCCCACGACGUGCUGCUGCUCUGCACCUCCUGCCACGCCAUCUCCAACUACUACGACAACCACCUGAAGCAGCAGCUGGCCAGGGAGUUCCAGGCCCCCAUUGGCUCCGAGGAGGGCUUGCGCCUCCUGGAGGAUCCUGAGCGCCGGCAGGUGCGCUCGGGCGCCAGGGCCCUGCUCAACGCCGAGAGCCUGCCUGCGCACCGGAAGGAGGAGCUGCUGCAGGCGCUGCGCGAGUUUUAUCGCACAGACACGGUCACGGAGGAGAUGCUUCAGGAGGCAGCCAGCCUGGAGACCAGGAUUUCCAAUGAAAACUACGUUCCUCACGGGCUGAAGGUGGUGCAGCACCACACCCAGGGCGGGCUGCGCUCCCUCAUGCAGCUGGAGAGCCGCUGGCGGCAGCACUUCCUGGACUCCAUGCAGCCCCGGCACCUGCCCCAGCAGUGGUCGGUGGACCACAACCAUCAGAAGCUGCUCCGGAAAUACGGGGAGGACCUUCCCAUCAAGCUGUCGUGAUCGCCGCCUCCCUUCUGGGUCAGGACGCCUGGGAAGCUGGAGCCGGUGGGGGUGCCAAGUCACCUCUUCCUGUUUUAAUGUCAUUGUCAAAUUCUGGUGACACAACUCACAAUACUAACCCGUCGUGAUCAUCCCAGGAUGCUUCUGAUGGAGCCAGGCUGUUGCUUUCAGGGGUGCUCCCGGUUUUGAAUUUCAGCUGGGCAGAGUGAGAAUUCUCUAUUCCGCCCUUUUCUGGACCAAUGGGAACCAUGGCCUUCAUAUUUUUCCCCUCUCCCUAUAAUGCUUUCCCUGUCCAGGCGACACAUGAAGGAUUCUUCCUGAAGUGUCUUGUCAGGACUUCCGAGUUUUUAAUAAUUUUUCUUCCCUGUCCAGUGUGUUAGUUUAUCUCAAACAGGAGCUGUCAAGCAUUUCAAUCCCAUCCGGUUAGGAGGGAGAAAAAAAUAAAACGUUCUUCUAGAGGUUGGAGAGGUGAAAAGGGGUUGGAUUCCUAUUCCCAGUUCAGCCUCAUGAUUAGAAGUUCUUUGGCUUGAUGCUGUGCUGGAGCUCACCUGGGCAGGGAUCCGGCCCACCUGGGCUGGUUUAUUACACGUCCUUGCAAAUGCUCCCCUUUACACGUUCAGGACCAAGGCAGCACCUUCCUGCCAUAUGUUUUCACCCGAACACUGGAGGGGAUUCUCUUCUGGAAAGAGGCCUGGGUGGGCCACACAGAAGCACAAGGACUGUCUCCCUAGAGAACUUGGAUGAUUUGCUCAGCUUUCGGCUGUUUGUUGCAAUCCUCCUGCCCAGAACGUCAAGGUUUUUAGUGUAAUCCCUUUUCUGAGAGGAAGAUUAUCUUCUCUCAGAAUCAGUAUCUGGUCCCUUCAGUGUUCUGUGUUCUAUCAGAUUUGCAAUACUGACCUCUUUUAAGCGCUUUAAUUCUCUCCCAGAGCCAUUUGGUCAGGUUGCAGUGAGAGGAUUUCUCCGUCUCCCAUCUUGCCUGGGACACUGGGAUUAAUUAAUCCAUUUCGAUGUUCAAAACGGUGGUGUUUCUCAUCUUUCUAAACGUGAGGCCACCACUUUGAGCGUGAAAUCAACUUAUUAGUGAUUAGUAUCUUUUUUAAAGUAUAAGGAAAACUUUCUUACAAGAUUUUAACAAGCUUUAAAAAAAUUUUUUUAUGGCCAGAAUUCAACAGGAACUCUGUGUUGGAAGUGUGCCUGAGUCGGUUAUGGCUGCUCUAACAUUGAUAAGUAAAGCAACUUCUAAGCACAAAGUUCAUGAAUUGUAAAUGUAAAACUUUUUGCUUUAUAACUUUGUAAAAUCAGUGGAUACUCUUGGGGAAGGAGAUCUAGGCAGCCCGUGGUGUGUGCUAAGUCGCUUUAGUCGUGUCCAACUCUCUGCGACCCUAUGGAUUGUAGCCUGCCAGGCACCUCUGACCUUGGGAUUCUCCAAGCAAGAAUGCUAGAGUGAGUUGCCAUUCCUUUCUCCAGGGGAUCUUCCCCACCCAGGGAUCGAACCCACAUCUCUUAUGUCUAACCUGCAUUGGCAGGCAGGUUCUUUACCACUAGCCCCAUGUGGGAAGCCCGUGGUAUGUAUGCACAGAUUCCCCUUCCGCACCCCAUACCCCACUCCACCCCGCCUCCCACCCCCGCCCCUAGCUUUGACCCCUGGACAGCAGCCCACCACACAUGCACAUCUUGCAUUUUUUUCCUCUGUCCCUUCCCACUCGUCCUCAAAUAGGUGUUUCUGGGCCCUAAAUCAGAAAGUCUUGGGGGCCGCAUGUUCCGCACACUAGGUGGUUAUGGGGCUAUAACUGCACUGGAGCACACGGCAGAGGACCGGGAAACGGAUGGGCGGGCGUCGUAGUAGUCAGGCUUGCCACAAGGGGGUGCCUGUAGCUCUUGCUUUAUAUUCCUUCUUGAGAAUAAGGGGCUUUUAUACCCGGUUCUUGGACAUAACUCAUGACUUAUGUUUCAGACUGUGUAUAUCUGAUUCUGAGUCAUUUUGAUAAGUUUUAUAAGAAAAACCUCUUUCUCUUAAGAGAGUAGGGCUCUUCCUUUCCCUUUCACACUAAGAUGUGAGAAUCGUGUCCUAAGAGGUCGUUUAAGGUGCUGUGGUUGCUUCGGGUGAAAGGAAUGGGUUCUCCAGUAGAGCUCCCUGCAGAACUUAAUAUCACAGAGCCAGCAGCCAAGAUAGAAGAAAAAUCUGGACUAUGGCACACGCAAUCUCUGUCCUUUUUAGAACACGCGCUGUUUAGAUUUGAAUCUUUUCGUUUUUUUUCAAUCAGCCUUGGACUUUAGCAGCCUGUCCCUAAGACUGACAAUUGCUAUCUCAAAUGAGUUAUUUUAGGGUAAGCGUGUUUUAAAAUAAGUUGGGUUUUUUUUUUUUUUUCUGAUAUAAAAGUAACGCGUAUGCUUGUUAGAGACGAAUCUAAAGAAAGAAUGAAAAUCCAUCAUCCCUCUGGGUAGAACACAACUAAUCUCUGCAGUUAUGUUUAUGAAUUUCCUUUCAGUAUUUAAAAAUGCAUAUAUCGUGUGUAGUAUUUAAACAGGCUUGAGAGUAUACAUAUAGCUUGGUAUCCUAUUUUUCCUUCAUUUAACAUGGUAUCAUAAGUAAUUUCUUAUCUCUUUAAAUCUUUGAAAGUAGAUUUCCAGUAACUCUACCUUACUUUAUUAUCCAUGCCCACACUGUUGAAAUUUUUGGUUGCUUCGGAUCGUUUGUUAAUAUCAAUGAUACAUGCGAUGAACUUUUUUGUGUGUAAAUCUUUGACUAUAACUUUGCUAACUUACUUAGCUUAGAACCUUAGAAAUUGGAUUGCAAGGAGGGGGAGGCACGUUGCUGGAGGGAGUACAAACUGAUAUCCAUUUUUAGGAGUUUCUGUGACGGGAAUGCUUGCCUCUGACCCUUUCUCGCACGUCCUGGGGCAUUUGCUGAGUUUCCUCCUCUGUGAGCAACAGUGAGCCGACAGCGUCACAGCAAAGGCCUCUCUGACGUGCCUGGGCACUAUGAUUGCAGCCUCAGAGUCUUUUUUCUGCUUCCCUUCUGCUCCCAUCCUUCCUUGCCUCAUUCCUCCUUGCAGCAGUGAUUUUUGGAAAUACUGUUUGUUUUAAAAUAAAAUUGUAAAAAUAAUUAAUUAAAAAUAAAAAAUUUUAUUUUAAAAUAAGGGUUAUGGCCUUUUUUUCCCCCCUGAUAAACAAGCAGUUACUGAUUUGCCAUCCUAAAGCGAACAAAGCAUGAUAUUCAGGGAUUUGUUUCCCUCUUAAGAGUGCAGCCAUAAGUUACUUAU